AUGGCCAAUAGACAGUGGCACUUUCUGUCACUAUGUACUGCCCUGGUACUUCUCUUGUUCUCUCUGGGAGGCGAGGCUGCUCCCUUGGGUAAAGUAACGGACUACAUUUUCCGCGGAGACGACAGAGACCCAACUGCAAUCAAGAAAACAGGGGGGUUCAAGCCCACAGAGAACACAUACAACGACCAGCUCGCAUUCAGCCUUCAUGCACACAUUGAUCAUACCCAGGGCGAUACCGCUUAUGUUUCGACCUCCAAGUCGUUCGGCGUAGCAGUGCAGUUUGCCACGACUGGCGGCUGGGUUUACCGUGUCCAUCGCCUUGGAAACAUGAUCGACACCAAUGCGGCACUUCGCGACCCCCCGGCCGAAGAGCAGCAAGAGUUCGCUGCGUUGGGCGGUGUUCCGUACGAUGCGAUUGAAGGCUGGUGGCAAGUCCCAAAUACCUUGGAUGUGCCUGAAUUUUCCGAAGACCAGGCAAAGGAGCUCGACCGAGACUAUGCGGCAAAAUACCAGAGCAACUUCAUCCAGAACCCGGAUUUCAACUUUGACAAGUACAAAAAUGAGCAAGUCCAGGGGCCUGGAGAAGACGUGGAUGUACUAGCUUCGAUGCCCGAAGAGGACCCGAACAAAUGGGACGACACAUACUGGGAUGGGCUUCGGAAUACUGAAUUUAAGAAGUCAGCUCUGAGCUUUAUGAACAAACAUGCUUCUAGUCUCGGGUGGAAAGCCAACCAGCAGUUCCCCUUGGCCCUGUGGGAGGAGGGCAGCGGCGAGCCGCCAGCCAAGAAGCCCAAGGUCGAGGAAACCGCAGGACCAUCGGGGCAAACUGUGCCUGCAUCAACCGCCCCAAAGUACGUCUUCUACGGCGACUACCUGUGGCCGGCCGAGGCCAAGAGACAAGGCGGAUUCCUCACGCCGGCCGACUCCCUGGCUACGAUCAGGAACCCACCAGUUACGGCAUAUACUCUGAACACGCAUCUGAACAGGGACAAGCUCAAGCUUCACCCUGAGACCUAUUUCGUCGCGGUGCACCAAACCUUUGGAGCUGCUGCAAAGGAAGCCGUAAAGAAGGCAGCAAAAUUCGGCGGACAGUUUGACCCCGUGGUUUACUUGGUUCACGCUACUCCACACAUGUUCAAGGUUGGCAAUGAGCUGGCCGUCCCAGGAGGCAUGGUUUGGGGGCAGGUCAGGGGCUGGACGCAGGUACCGCGCGACUAUGCGCUCCCUGAAAAGACCCCGACGAGUAAGCAAGAGCUGCACAAGCAUUUCGAGAAGGCGUACAAAGCCAAGCCCAAGGUCGUCUUCCAGAAGAACCCAGACUACGAUUCUAAAUUUGACCAGUAUACCGCUACAGAAAAGGAGCAGCCUCAACUUCUAGGCUCGAGAAAGGCCUCGCGUGAGCUCACCAACUUUAUGAAGGAACAUGGAUCGGCGGUAGGCUUCCAGGAGAAGUUCCCCCUGUUCACAGCGCCCAAGGUCAUCACCGGCGAAGCUUCUGCCGCAGCAAAGAAUGUAGAGCCUGCGCCCCAUGAAGAAGAAGGUGUGCUUGAGCAGGUGUGGGACUUUGUCAAGGAACAUGCCGUGGCGAUAGCCCUCCUCCCCGCGGUUGCUGCGCUCAACUUGAUUCCCGGCGUGGGGGAGGUGGCGGAUGCUUUCGAAUUCGCGGCUUUGAGCACCGAGGCGGCCGAGGGCACGGGGCUGGUUCUCGAGGGCACAGCGGCCCUUGAGGAGGGUGCUGUCAUAGGUGAAGGAGGCACCGUGGCAGUCGAAGAAGGCGCAACCACUGUUGAAGAAGACGUGGCAACUGUUGAGAAGCCUGACGAGGAACUAGAACUGCCCGACGUGCCGACUGAUCCGAUAGAGGAGGACCUGAAUCUUCCUGACGUGCCGACUGAUCCGAUAGAGGAGGACCUGAAUCUUCCUGACGUGCCUACUGACCCGAUAGAAGUGCCGGAGGCGGUGCCGGCUGAUAAGGUAGCUUUGAAGGCCGACUGA